AUGAUGCCGUCGGCGACCUCGAACCCACGGCGCAAGUCCGUCUUCCGCGAAGUCGGCCUCGUGGACGACGACAGAGAAAAUUACGCGCCAGUGCCGAUCAGGGUGCCAAUCCUCUCUACACCGUCUCUGCCCGCCCGUAACGGCAACAAGAAGGCCGUCACCCGCUCCUCCUCCUCGCCUACCGAGUACUGGCCGGCGCCAUCGCUGCUGGAAGACGUGCGGGAGGAAGAAAUGGGGGACGACGAGGAGUCGGACUGUGAGAUCGGUGGACUGACGCAGAAGAAGAAGCAUCAGACAUCGAGGAAGGAGCGCGAGGAUUCGUUUGAGCACGGACGAAUCGUUACGGCGAAGGCGGAUGUGGAUGUCGCUCUCGCUACGGCGGGUGGGAUGACUAGGCUGCAUCGACUGUGUGUGCUCGCGCUGCUGGUUUUCCUCGUCAUCCCCGUGACGCACAGGCUGCCCGUCUUUGGUUCUACCGUUGCGGGGCCCCCGUAUGGCGUCAAUGCGGCCCUCAUCCCGCGGGAAGGCAUGUUGUACGGGAGAGCGGAUAGCCCAACGGAUGUGUCUGCAAUUGUCAAUGGCACCCUAUACAUCUACGGCGGCCGUGCGAAGACUGAGUCGGAUCAGACGAGCAACACUUGGAACAACGAUUUCGUGACCAUCGAUCUCACCGAGUCGUGGCAAAUCUCCUCACCGUCAUUCACUGGCCUGCCGCAACCCUCGGGGCCGCCUGCCGUCUCGCUGGCGUACCUGUGGAAUUCACGGUCCUCGUUAUUCCUUUAUGGCGGCGAGUUCCAAGACGGCAACCAGGGAAACACUCCCGACUACCCGACCGCCUUCUCGCUCUGGGAGUACGACAUCUCCUCGUCCUCGUGGACCGAGCACAAGAACCCCAAAACAUCUGCAGGGACGCACGCCCAAGGUAGCAACGAGGCAGUGCAGCGCGCCGCCGAGGGCGCAGGCGCGAAUGUGGCUAGCCUCGGCCGCGGGUUCUACUUUGGCGGCCACCUGGACACAUGGACCACCGAGGACUGGUCUAACCAGGUCGCACGUAUCUACCUGAAGUCCAUGGUCGAGUACACGUUUCCCGGUUCCUCCAACAACGGCGUCGAAUCUCUGGGUGACGACGGCACCGCAGGCUCGGAUGGCGUUUGGCGCAACAUCACUGAAGGAGGCCUGCAAGAGACGAGCGGGUUUCCGGAGCGCGCUGACGGCAUCCUGGUGUACGUUCCCGGGUUCGGCGACGAGGGCAUUCUGCUCGGCCUCGCAGGUGGCACGAACUCUACUUUCACCCAGAUGAACGUCAUCGACAUCUACGACAUCGCCACCUCGACGUGGUUCAAGCAGCCUACCAGCGGCACUCCACCGAAGAUCCGCGUCAACCCUUGCGCGGUGGUCGCCGCGGCGGCAGACGGCUCGAGCUACAACAUGUACAUGUUCGGCGGCCAAGAUCUGGGCGACGACCAGACGCAGUACAACGACAUGUGGAUCCUGACCAUCCCGUCCUUCACCUGGAUCCAAGUCGACCAGGGCUCGCAAUCCGUGCCGUACGCCCGCGCCGGCCACACGUGCAACAUCUGGGACGGCCAGAUGAUCGUCGUCGGCGGUUACGUUGGAGACCAGCUUUCGUGCGACUCACCGGGCGUCUACGUCUUCAACACCUCAUCGCUCACCUGGGGCACGCAAUUCACUGCCCUCUCCGGAAGCUCGGCCCAGGAUUCCUCCGGCGGCGCCGUCUUCACCGAGGACUCUAACCCCUUCUCUCAGCAGCUCUCCCAGCGCGGCGCCAACGCCUCCUCCGGCCUCGAGGGCUCCUACGGCUACACGGUUCCCGAAAAGGUCAUAUCGGCCAUCGGCGGGGACGCAACCGGCGGCGCCACCGUCACCGCGCCCGUCCAGACCGUCACCGCCGGCCCCCUCGCCACCGGCAAACCCAUCACCUACACGGUGACCAACGGCGACGGCACCGUGACAACGCAGACGGCCGUCUCUGGCUCGGGCUCGGGCUACAACGGCGACGGCACCAACGUCGGCGCUAUCGUCGGAGGUGUCUUGGCCGGCGUCUUCUUCGUCAUUGCCGCCUACUUUGCUUUUUGCGCGUGGGUGUACCGCCGCCAGCUCAAGCUGUACAAGAACCACGUCGCCAUGGCCCAGGCGCACGCCGCCGAUCCCGCCAACGCAAACGAGAAGACGGGCUUCGUCAUGCCGCCCGGUGUCGCCGCGGGUGGAUCCGUGGCCACGUCAUCGGACGGCCGCCAGGGCAGCAGCGCCAUCAGGAGUGGCAGCUACGCCGCUGGUAGCAGCGGCGGUCCGACGAGCGGUUCGGCCAGUGCUGGGGAGGCGGGGCCGUAUGCCAGUGGUGCUGGUGCGAGCACGGGGAGGAGGAGCGGGAGUGUGAGCAGUACGGAUGAUUUGCUGGCCGGGCAGGAACCGAGUUUCUGGGGGACGAGAGGUGUGUUGCUGAAUCCAAGGAGGAGUUUGAGGGUCAUCAACAGGGAUUGA